AUGAAGUUCAUUACUCUAUCCACCAUUCUCGGUCUUGCUGGCGCCUCAGCAGCUGCCCUCACAGCAGUCCCCAUCAUCGAGAAAAUCGCCCCCAAGUCAAAGAGCUGCCCUUCAAGCAACACCGACUGCCGCACCGCUGAACAAGCCGCGCCUUUUCUUAUCAAUGCCUUCAAGGACUACGACAUCUACGACCCCAAGAUGAUGGCCGCUGUACUUGCCCUCAUGGCCUUUGAGUCAGGUGACUUUCAGUACAAGCGUAACCAAGUUCCUGGCAGGCCCGGUCAGGGUACAGCCAACAUGCAAAUGGCCAACUUCAACCUUCUCUACGCAAAGGCCAUUCCCGAGCUUGCACCCAAGUUUGAGGGAGUUGACUCGGUUGAGGGCAUGUCGGAUGAUGACCUGAACAAGCUGCUCGACGCUGUUACCGUCGACAAGUACAACUUUGCCUCUGGUGCUUGGUUUCUUGCUACCCAGUGCAAGCAGGACGUGAAGGACGCUUUCAAGAAGGAUGCCGAUGAAGGAUUCAAGGUCUACAUUGAGGAGUGCGUUGGCACCGAGGUUGAGCCCAGAUUGGAGGUCUUUGGUGUUGCCAAGGAAGCAUUUGGGCUGUAA